AUGGCUAAACUGCUCCUUGUGAUUUUCGGUGUGGCAGCCCUGGUGGCUGUCGGCCAGGCGGCGGCAGGUGCCUCGACACAGCAGCUGCCGCUGCAGCGGCUGAUUGCCGAGGAGCAGAGCAAAUGCGCCAGUGGCCAAGAUUCGAUGGCCUGCAUCAAAGAGCGUGCCAUGCGCUUUGUGGACAGCGUGAUGAGUAAAGACAGCUACACGCUCUCCAACCUGGAGGUACGCUCCAAUGGCCAGAAGAUGAGCCCGAUCAACGAUGCCCGUGCCCGUGCCAGCAGUGCCGAUGGCUUCAUGGAUGCCCUCGAGAACUAUAUCCAGGGCCAUGAUGUCAGUAUGAACUUGCCCAUGGCCGAUGCCAAGAUCACCGUCUCGGCUCGCAAUCUGGCCAACGACGAGCUUAGCUUGAAUCUGCAGCUAAACGGCGAUGAUGAUGAUAGUGCUGUUGAUGGUGAAGCCAGGGGUAAGAAGGGCAACAUCUUCAAGAAGGGCAAGAAGCACCGUCUCCGCAAGCUGGCCAUGCCCAUUCUGGUUCUCAUCCUGCUGAAGGCCAUCACCGUCAUACCAAUGGCCAUUGGUAUCCUCAAGAUAAAGGCGUUCAACGCUCUAGCCCUGGGCUUCUUCUCUUUCCUAGUCUCGGUUGGUUUGGCCAUUUUCCAAUUGUGCAAAAAGAUUGCCCAUGAUCAUCAUCACACCGCCCACAUCACCGCCCACGGCCCCUGGGAUGGUCGUACAUUUGGCUCCGUUGCCGUCCCUGCCCCAGUUGUGGAGCAGCCCCAGCAGUUGGCCCAGGAAAUGGCCUACAAGGGUUAUGUCUAA